UAGUGAGCUCACGGUAGCCGCAGCAUCAUCAUGGGACCGUCGGUAGCUUGUCUUGCGAUCCUGGCUCUUGCAGGUACCUGCCUUGCAACUGGCAGUGCCGACAGCAACAUCGCUUUUAAGCUGUUCGUUAACAACAGCGCAGAGCGUUCAGUGCAGCCAGUGCCGGCGAACCAAUACCGUGAUUCGUCCCCUUACCGAUCCCGUUACUACGCGGCGAACGCAUCGGCCGGAGAGUACUUCCGUACCGGGUAUGGUGAUGUCGUGAACUCGCAGGCCGCGUUCGUGGCCGCCAUCAACAACCGUACGCGUGGCUGGAAGGCUGGCGUUAACCCACUGCGUCACGAUCAAUACCGUACCGGGGCGCUACUGUACGAGGAGGCUGCCCGCGCCAAGCUGCCGCAGGGAAUCGUGCUGAAGCUACAGGAAGAACCGUUCCCGGAGUCGUUCGAUGCGCGCCAAAAGUGGUCGUUCUGUCCGAGCGUGGGUACAAUCCGCAACCAGGGAUGCUGUGCCUCGUCGUAUGCCGUGGCUGCCGUUGCUACCAUCACCGAUCGCUGGUGUAUCCACUCCGAGGGCAAGUCGCAGUUCAGCUUCGGUGCGUACGACGUUCUAUCCUGCUGCCAUCGGUGCGGUUUCGGUUGUGAUGGUGGUGUCCCGAGCGCUGUCUGGCACUAUUGGGUUGAGAAUGGUAUUACGAGUGGCGGUGCCUACGAAUCGCACGAAGGUUGCCAAUCCUACCCAUUCGGAGUGUGCAAGCCGCAGGAGAUCUUUGCCCCGCAUGUCGAUCUGAUCUGUCUGCGUCAGUGUCAACCCGGAUACAACACCACCUAUCUGGAGGACAAGCACUUUGGGCGCGUGGCUUACAGUGUGCCACGUGAUGAGGAUCGCAUCCUGUACGAGCUGUUCUACUUUGGACCGGUGCAGGCCAGCUUUACCGUGUACACCGAUUUCAUUCAGUACAAGAGCGGUGUCUACCGUCACACGUACGGUGUGCGUGUUGGCGAUCACUCCGUCAAGAUCGUCGGCUGGGGUGUGGAGAAUGGUACCAAGUUCUGGCUCUGUGCUAACUCGUGGGGUGCCGAGUGGGGUGAAAAUGGAUUCUUCAAGAUUAUCCGUGGUGAGGAUCACCUCAGUGUGGAAUCGAAUGUUGUUGCCGGUCUUCCGUUGUUCCGUUGAUAUGUGAUCGGCCGUUUCUUGGAACAGGUCAGUGUAGUGCCCAGUAUGGGAAGGAUAUUGCAAUAAAAGAAAUUCAAGUCAAUUCAGAUCCAGGCCAAAUGCUAAUGAUAAUAUAACAGAACAGAGAAGCUAAUGAUAAUACAGAAAUCGAGAAUUAAUAUAAGAAUUUCCCGGUAAUAUUGUCGAUCGGUUGGUUACUGACUACUGACGAUGUGAUAUCUCACUGGGACCGGUAAAUGGAUCGAUGAACGUGCGGCUACGGUUGGAGUAAAAUGUUUUCUAUUCCAUUUUUUUCCUUUCACAAACUAAUCAAAUAACACAAAUGAAGUUGGCAGAUACGCCGAUUCCGCCAUUCCAA